AUGGAUAGCUCUAGUACCGCCUCAGUCAAACCCAAGCACGUCGCCAUCAUGAGUGAGUUUGGUGCACCUGCGCCGGUACCGGAAUGGGGAGGCUACUACGUGAGUCAAAUCGCAGUCGACCCUACAAGACAGCUGAUAGGUGGUGACCAGGACCCCUAUGGGACGUCGAUGGACCCAAACUGCUACCCACAUAGCCCCAAAUGGAUGCCGCUCCCGCACACACCACAGGCGCCGCCCGUGUCCUUGCCUGGUCCGCCCAUACCCCUGCAAGGCCAGAAACCGACACUGCCCAUGCCGCCUGGGGUCCUAGCACCGGAUGCCCACCCGUCAUAUCCUACCCCGUCGCCGCAUAUGCCUUCCUCCCUAUGCAGCAUUUCCCCCAACUCUGACACCGUCCUCUCUUCUGCCAUACCCAUGAAUGGCCAACGUCUACUGAACCCGAAUGCGAGCUCGUUUAUGCCGAAGCGCAUCAUCAUCAAGUCCGAGUCUGGGCGGGAAAUCGACCUCGAGCCCUUCCGAGUCAAGGAGCCUCUUGCCCCCUAUCGGCCCAUCCCACUCAGUCUACCUGCACGGUCAACGGUAUCAGUCCGGAUAGAGAGCGAUGACGCCAGGCGGAAGCGGAUGGCUGAGGUGGAGCGGCUGUCGCAGGAGAUGGAGAAUAAGGCGAAGCGAUGCAUGACAACCGAAGUGGGGGCGUACGAGGAGGAUGGUGAACCUACUAUGCGCGAGGAGGCAGAGAAGAAGGCAGCGACAGCAGCGUCGGCCGCGACAAAGCGUCUGAGCUCGUCCCAGACGAAGACCAACGUCAUCUCUGCUCCUCUAUCUUCUGUGCUGGCCACAGCUCGGAUGAUCGAGGACAUUGGCACCAUCGUGUACCCCGAGGGUAUCUUGAGCCCCAAGCCGGAGCUCAACAGGAACACCGAGCCGGGCAAAUUUAGGUAUGACCGAGACUUCCUCCUCCAGUUUAUGGCGGUGUGCAAAGAGAAACCCGGCUUUCUCAUCCCUCUCGACGCCUUUGAUCUCAAGCCCAGACAACACGGGUUCCUUGCACCUCCCCGCCUCCCCGCGGCUCCACAACGCGGCCGCAACCGUGGUCCUUUGUCCACUGCCGUGCGCCGUCCCUCCAACGUGCUGAGCCAGACCUCCGUCCAGAAGAACGCCGGUGGACCCGCUACCCGCCUAUCGUCCAAGGCUAGUGGUGACUCCUCCAACGUCGGCGGGAUCGGCGAGUCGACUCCGGUGACCUUUGGCCCCAGCUCCGUCUUGCAGAAGAAUAAGACGAAGAUCCGGGAGUCCACGCUUUCGCAACAGGGCGCCGCCAGCAUCCUAUCCAUGCCUGGCGCUGCCCCCGAGAUCUCGGCGGAGGUCACAGACUCUCACGUCUCGAAUACUCAUAGUCUGCUCGCCAUCGACCAGCAUCCGUCCAUCGUCAUCUUAGAAACGACGGGAGGCAACAAACUGUGCGGCGGCGCUGCCGCAGUGCAGACGCAUGCCGCCCUGCCGCAGUUCACGCCUGAGAGCAUAAAAACGCCUUCCCUCGUCGGGUAUCUCGGAGAUUCUCCGGAGAGUAUGCCGCCUACUCCUAUUCGCACCCUAGGUACGCAAACGAAAUUCACUUUAAUCAGUAUGGGGCUGACCAAAGAGGCAGAACGGAUUCCCGAAGAGACCCUUUGUGCUGUCACUCAGGCCGACGAAGCGCCGGAUUGCGAAAAACCCCUCACUGAAGAGGACGCACGACAGGUUCUCGCCUCUCAGGUCUUCUUCAUACUGUUGCACCUCGCAAGCGACACCUUUGUCUCGGCCUCCGACCAUCUCGUCAAUGCAAUCAACAAGUCUGCCGGCACGGCGGACUGCGGAUGGACGCUCGCUCUAGUAGUAAGGCAUAUCCGCCGCGCCGCGAGCGCGCACCCGGAGAAGGCGGAGCUCCUUGCCCGGUUGUGUCUACGGGUGGCGGAACAGCUCAGCAGCGACGUCUGUGACGAAGACAUACGGGAUGGAGAGGGGGAGCCUCUCUCGGGAAGCCGGUUGUUCCGCGUUCGAUUGCUCCAAAGUUGCUGCUUCGGAUUCGACCUCCGCUUAGCCGCGCUUGGUCUCGUCGACGAUAGGCUAGGAGAGGACGCGGGUCAGCCCGAGGCUACAGUAUGUGCCACGACCGAGGCUGCUCGCCGCAAGUCGGUGGAAGAGGCGAAGGCUCAGGGACCCGCGCUCGUCCGCUUCAUAGGCGAGCUAGUCAAGAUCCGGCUAUUUCCCCUGCGCGCGGUGCACAAGUGCAUCCAGGAUCUCUUGGGCGUUUUGGAGCCUUUGAACACUGGAGCAGUCGCGGACGCAUGCGUGCUCUUCACGCUUGUAGGCCACAUAAUCGACACGCCGCAGGCCCACGCACACAUGGGCAUAUACAUCUCCCACUUUGAGAGCAUGGCGAAGAAUCCGAAUUGUCCCUGGCGCUUGAAAUGCAUGCUCAAGGAGAUUGUGGAGCUGCGCGCACAGGGAUGGGUGUCGCGCGGCGAGAAAGCUAUUCUCUCGCGUGGUGGCGCGUUCAGCAGGUCGCCCCGGACUGUAUACCUGAAGUCUUAUAACUACUUCUCGGAAUUGCAUAAUCAAGACAGCGAGUCGUCUAUGAACUGGCGCAGAAGGGAGCAGCCUAUGGACGAGCAGCCUCCAUCGGUGUCCGAGGGUUCUAACGGUGCGGAUGAUGUUCGCAGGACGUCGACUGUGGGCCAACUCGCGUUUGCGCAGAGCGGAAGAUCCCACUUCAAUCAGCUGAACAAUUUUGUGUGGUCGCUUGCCAGUACAUGGGCGAAAGCCUUAAAGCGGCAUGUUGUAUGUAAAGAUCCUUAA